UGACGUCAAGAAUUAAUGGCUUCCAAUAACCUAUCCAUACUUGAAGCACUUGAUUCAGCUAAAACGCAAUGGUACCAUGUCAAAGCCAUUGUCAUCGCAGGAAUGGGUUUCUUCACAGACGCGUACGAUCUCUUUUGUAUCGCCACCGUAUCCAAGCUGCUGGGCCGUCUCUACUUUUCUGGAGAACACCCUGACGAACCAGGAAAGCUCCCACUAGGCGUAAACAACACCGUGCUCGGUGUAGCCCUAGUUGGAACCCUUUCAGGUCAACUUGUGUUUGGUUAUCUUGGUGACAAGCUUGGUCGAAAGAAGGUGUACGGAAUGACCUUGCUUCUCAUGAUGAUUUGUGCUAUUUGCUCCGGGUUGAGUUUCGGGUACGGUCCAAAAGCAGUGAUCGGCACCCUUUGUUUCUUCCGGUUCUGGCUUGGAUUCGGGAUCGGCGGAGACUACCCACUCUCCGCUACGAUCAUGUCUGAGUACGCAAACAAGAGAACCCGUGGUGCGUUUAUCGCCGCGGUGUUCGCCAUGCAAGGAAUGGGGAUUAUUUUUGCCGGUCUAGUAUCAAUGACCGUCUCAAAGUUGUUCCUAAUGGCAAACAAGGCCCCCACGUGGAAUGAUAGCCACGUCCAUUCCACGCAGAGGAAUGCAGAUUACGCAUGGAGAAUUGUUCUCAUGCUCGGAGCUCUUCCGGCUCUCUUGACAUACUACUGGCGGAUGAAGAUGCCGGAAACCGGUAGGUACACGGCCAUAAUCGAGGGAAACGCGAAGCAAGCAGCAUCGGAUAUGGGACGUGUGUUGGAUGUGGAGAUCCAAGCGGAGCAAGAGAAAUUGGCUAUGUUUAAGUCGAAUAACGACUACCCUUUGUUAUCCGAGAAGUUCUUUCAGAGACAUGGGAGACACUUGAUCGGGACAAUGAGCACGUGGUUCUUGUUGGACAUUGCGUUUUAUAGUCAAAACUUGACACAAAAGGACAUCUUUCCGGUGAUGGGUUUGACAAAAAAGGCCCCGGAAGUCAACGCUCUGGAAGAAAUGUUCGAGAUAUCACGCGCCAUGUUCGUUGUAGCCAUGUUUGGCACUUUCCCCGGCUACUGGUUCACGGUGGCUUUCAUCGAGAAGAUCGGUCGGUACAACAUCCAACUCAUGGGAUUCCUAAUGAUGUCGAUCUUCAUGUUCAUAAUAGGAAUCAAGUACGAAUACCUCGCUACAAAAGAAAACCGAUGGAUCUUCGCAGGUCUCUAUGGGCUGACCUUCUUCUUCGCAAACUUCGGGCCUAACAGCACAACUUUCGUUUUACCCGCGGAGCUCUUUCCUACGAGAGUGAGGUCUACGUGCCAUGCAAUGAGCGCGGCCGCAGGGAAGGCGGGGGCGAUGGUGAGUGCGUUCGGGAUUCAGAAAUAUACACUGGAUAGUAACAAGGAUAAGAUAAAGACUGCAAUGAUCAUAUUGGCGGUUACAAACAUGUUGGGGUUUUUCUGUACGUUCUUGGUGACGGAGACCAAAGGGCGGUCAUUGGAAGAGAUUUCCGGCGAAGAUGGAAGCAUGGACAAGGAGGAGGCGGAGAUGAGUAACAGAGGACAUCGUCACGUCCAAGAAAAUUGAGUGUAUUUGAUAUGAAUGUUUGAUUGCCAUGAAGAAUAUACUAACACAAGGAAAAUGGCAUGUAAAAUAAUACAUAAAUAAAUAAUUAAAUAAAACAGGCCAAAAGAGACGUAUGUUUGUGAUA